GUUCAGUCAGUACGAAAUUGCAGAGCCUGUCAGUUACUUGACUUCUCUCAUAUCUCUAGGACCAGCCCAGAAAUGUCGCCCAACUUACCUGCCCCACUCACCGACUGCAAAAUUCAGUAUACUAAGAUAUUUAUAAACAACGAAUGGCAUGAUUCAGUGAGCGGCAAGAAAUUCCCAGUCAUUAACCCUGCUACUGAAGAAAAAAUUUGUGAUGUAGAAGAAGGAGAUAAGGCAGAUGUGGACAAGGCAGUGAAAGCAGCAAGGGAGGCUUUUCAGAUUGGGUCCCCAUGGCGGACAAUGGAUGCUUCACAGAGAGGACGGCUCCUGAACAAACUGGCUGAUUUAGUCGAAAGGGACCGUCUGCUCUUGGCAACAAUGGAAUCAAUAAAUGCUGGAAAAGUCUUUCAAAAUGCCUACCUGAUGGAUUUAGGUUCCUCUGUGAAUGCUUUACGCUACUACGCAAGCUGGGCUGAUAAGGUUCAGGGUCGUACCAUCCCAAUUGAUGGAAAGUUUUUCUCGUACACAAGACAUGAACCCGUCGGUGUUUGUGGCCAAAUCAUUCCUUGGAAUUUCCCUUUGAUUAUGCUUAUGUGGAAACUUGGACCUGCCCUUUGCUGUGGAAACACCGUAGUCGUCAAACCAGCAGAACAGACCCCACUCACUGCUCUUCAUGUAGCGUCAUUAGUUAAAGAGGCAGGAUUUCCACCAGGAGUAGUGAAUAUCGUGCCUGGUUAUGGACCCACGGCUGGAGCAGCCAUUUCUUCUCACAUGGAUGUGGAUAAAGUAGCCUUCACAGGGUCUACAGAGGUUGGCAAGCUGAUUAAGGAGGCUGCUGGGAAGAGCAACCUGAAGAGGGUUUCACUGGAGCUGGGAGGAAAGAGCCCUUGCAUUGUAUUUGCUGAUGCUGACAUGGAUAAUGCUGUGGAAAUGGCACACCACGGUGUGUUCUUCCACCAGGGCCAGUGCUGCAUUGCUGCAUCGAGGCUUUUUGUGGAAGAGUCUAUUUACGAUGAGUUUGUUCGGAGGAGCAUAGAGCGUGCCAAGAAAUACACACUGGGGAAUCCACUGACCCCGGGAGUACAGCAAGGCCCUCAGAUUGAUAAAGAGCAGUACAGUAAAAUACUUGACCUCAUUGAGAGUGGGAAGAAGGAAGGAGCCAAGCUGGAAUGUGGAGGAGGACCAUGGGGAGACAAAGGUUACUUCAUCCAGCCCACAGUUUUCUCCAAUGUCACUGAUGAGAUGCGCAUCGCCAAAGAAGAGAUUUUUGGACCAGUCCAACAAAUCAUGAAGUUUAAAACUAUCGAUGAAGUAAUCAAGAGGGCGAACAACACCACCUAUGGCUUAUCAGGAGGCGUUUUCACCAAAGACCUUGAUAAAGCCUUGACAAUUUCUUCUGCCAUUCAAGCUGGAACAGUCUGGGUGAAUUGCUAUGGUGUGACUACUCCUCAGACCCCUUUUGGUGGAUUCAAGAUGUCUGGAAAUGGGAGAGAAAUGGGAGAAUAUGGUCUCCAUGAAUACACUGAAGUCAAGACUGUCACAAUCAAGAUUUCUGAGAAGAACUCCUAAGAACGCCACAGGAGAUGGUGUUCCAUAUCUUCGAUGACUGAGCAUCUCUAACCCUAAAUCAUGAAAGAUAUUACAGCUGCUAUUUUCUCCUGACAUUAGUAGCAUUAAAAAAUUCUAUCUAGAACAUGCUGUAUGCCUUCUUACUCUCAUGUAAACAUGGUCAACUUAUUCUAUCUGAAAUUCGGGAGUUGAAAUUAACUCAAAAUCUCUCAAGCAUUGGAACAGUCAUGAGUUUUUCUUGGUAUAUGAUUCUUGCAUAAUUUAAGCCAUUAAGGAACAUUUGAUGUUUUUACUUUUUCUUUCUAUUAAUGGUUAAUUGAAAUUUACUCUGCACAUUAACUUACCAAUUAGACGUACUCUGUUCACUGAUGCUGUUAAGUCUUCUUUGCCUUUGGAAAAAAAUGUAUCCAAUAAAUCAAUAACCACUGUGCUUAACUGUAGUUUCAGUAUCACUUUAAUUAAAAUGAUAUUACAUAA